AGCAGGUGCAGUGAGCCUCAGUGGGUGGGGCUACAGGUCACGUGAAAACGGGCGUCUUGUGGCGGCCAUGCAGCUCUUGAGGCGGACAGUGCUGUUAGGUCUCGUCGGAAGCAGAGGAGUACAGAGAAGCAUGUGUGCUCAGGUGGGAGACUGGCAGAGUGCUAAGUCCAUCUACGAGUUCUCUGCCAAGGACAUUGAUGGCAAUGAGGUGGCUCUCGAGAAAUACAGAGGGUAUGUGUGCAUUAUUGUAAAUGUAGCCUCUAAAUGAGGAAAGACCAGAGUAAACUACACUCAGCUAGCGGGAAUGCACGUCUCCUAUGCUGAGAAAGGUUUACGCAUCCUGGCCUUCCCAUGCAACCAGUUUGGAGGACAGGAACCAGGGACUGAGGCAGAUAUUAAAGAGUUUGCUAAAGGUUACAACGCUGAGUUUGAUCUCUUCAGUAAGAUUGAGGUGAAUGGGGACAAUGCUCACCCUCUGUGGAAGUGGAUGAAAGCACAGCCCAAAGGCAAGGGAACCUUCGGAAAUAGCAUCAAGUGGAACUUCACAAAGUUUCUUAUAAAUAGAGAAGGACAAGUGGUGAAGCGAUACGGCCCAACAGAUGAUCCCAGCGUGGUGGAGAAAGACCUGCCCACAUACCUUUAAUGAGACUGUCUCCUAUGUAUUUGUGUAACUCCUGACCUCUCCCAUGGACUUCAGGGUAUUUGGUGCGUGUGUGUCUCUGGACCAGUGACGGCCUGUCUUUAAACCCAACAUUGGGCUGGGCAGGCCUGAUGAUCCCCAGCGUGCAACUAACCACCAGAGCUCACUCACACCAAACCCUGUAAGACCAUAUGAGAGGGCAUCCACUAGUUAUGCAAAGUAGAGACACGUGACAUCUUACUUCAACCUCAGAAAAGUUGUUCCUUUUUCUAAUAAAAAUAGCAUCUACUUCUCUCUGAAUGUUAAGUGAAAAGUUUGCAUGUGUCAAUGUCAGUUUUAUGUAAGGACAUAGGAUGCCAUAAAUUUGAGAGUUUUUUGUAAUGCUACUGAUAAUAUUGUUUGCACUUAACUUAUCAAAGGGCCCUUCAUUGUACCAUGACUUAAAGCUGGAAAAUAAAUGCUGUCUUGGGCA